GGCGAACGCACGCUACCUGCGCGACUCGGGAUGUCCUCCUUGCCGUCGUACGCGCGAGCAUUGUUCUCUCAAUCCCCGACUUUAUUUGUCACUUCAUGGUCGCUUUGAUUAUUUAUUUCUUUUACGCACGGCUGCCAACUGCCCGUCGAAAAUUCGACGGAGUCGCAAGAAACGCGCCGCCCGUACGUCAGACGGAGACGGAACGAUCGGCCGUCGUGCGGCGGAAGCGGGACGCGCGUAUCGUGUCCUUGUUGCGCGCCUGCGCAGUCACUCGCACGAGAGAUCCACGCUCUGGCCGCACCGUCGCCCGCGCGAGAGUUACUAUUUUGGUCUUUCUUUGGUUAUAUUUUCGCCUUCUCGUCGCCUCUUUCGAUCGCGGCGGCGACGGCGGCGACCGACGCUGUCCAACGCUGCUUGAUCGCCUUCCUCCUACUCCGUCCACUCCGUCGUCCUCAUCCUCGUCCUCAUCCUCGUCGUCGUCGUAUUCGACGCUGCGCGAGACGAUGAGGAGAGAGAGAAAGAGAGACAGAGAGGAGACGCUUUUGCUCCCCCAGAUUUUAUUUCUCGCACUCAAAUUCGCAUUCACGAAUCGAAGCUUUGCCAGAUCUACUCUGGAAUCUUCUUAAAUCAUCUGGAAUGCGUGCAGGGGGGCGUCGGGCUUGCGUGGCGAUGCACUCUGCAUUCCUCGAGUUCCUGUCGACCGCGAAAGAAUCCCUUCAUGAAAAGCUCGUCGUUCGAAAAGCGAUAACCUACAACGAGAUUUUCAUAGCACGGAACGGCACGGCAAUUGGAUAACAAAAAAUGUCAAUAUUAUUGUAUUUGGCUUUAUCGCAGAGGUUUUUGGCGAGAUCAUCACUUCGGAGUCUACGCGAAUGAAUUAAACGCAUAUUAGACAAGCAUACCGUACAUUUCCGUCCGUUCGACAAGAUAAAUCUCGAGGGUCGUGCAAGGUGAAAACAAAAGAAGCAACAUAAAUUGAUAUUGUGCUGAAAGCGAAUAACUGAGUUUCUGAAGAGAUGACUCAGUUGGAGUUGGAUCCUCAAUUCACGCAGGGAUUGCGACUCCUGUAUUCCACCAACAAGGAUUCUGCAGAGCAGCUGCGAGCUCUAUUAGAUGAGGCGAUUAAACAGAAAUAUGGACCAUCCAAAAUGCUCUCCAAUGUGCUGCACAAAAAGUACAUGAUGGAAGAACCAGUAUUGAGCGAUCACAGUAGUAGUAGCAGUAAGAAGAGUAAGAGUUCUAGCUCGUCUAAGCAUUCGAGUAAAUCAAGUAAGAACAGCUCCCCAGUUAAUUUGCCAGCGCGUGACACUCCACCAGACAUCCUGCAAUCGGACGAUACGCUAGCGUUGGAAAUUCUAGAGGAUGAUCUUACGUGUGUCAUUUGCAAGGGAAUGGAUGUCGGGGCGAGAAAUAGGCUCGUGGAAUGUCAAGAAUGUCAUUCUUUGUAUCAUCAAGAGUGCCAUGUUCCACAUAUCUUAGACUCGCAGAUAGAUAACGUUCCGAAACAAGUGUGGUACUGCUCUAACUGUUCAAAGUCUCAGGUCUCGAAAGAAAGGAGUUCACCAAAGACUGUAACAGAAAGCAAAUCUAAAGAGCAGAAAAAAUCUAGCUCAAGUAGUGGAGCUAAGAUGACACCAAAUAUUCAUAUUAUUAGCGCAGAUAGAAGACUGAAAGAUAUGAUGAAGAAAGCUAAGCAGGACAAACGUACAAGUACUGCCACGAGUUCAAAGAGCUCUUCAUCCAGUUCCCCUGCAUUAUCCUCGGCCAAAUCUUCUCAGGAUAAAUCAGGAUUAUUAUAUAAAAUAAAAUCAGGGGUGGAAUAAACUGUUUAACUUGUAAAAAAAAAAGAUAGCAAACCAAUAAGAUCGUAUAUAAGUAAUGUAAUUUGUAGAAAUAAUAUGAAAUAAUUUAUAAUUAUUUUGUAAUUAAUUUUGUUAAUCUGGGCGAAAAGACUACAAUUUUUAUUAUUAUUUUUUAUGAGAUACUAAACAAUCCAUUGUUAAAGUAAUUGACAAGUAAAAUCUGGAUUUACCAUCCUAUAUAUAUACGACACUAAGAAUUUUGAUUGGGAAAAUAUUCUCUCUAAUACAUAGCGUAUGUACAAGAUCUGAAGACAUGGUAGUGUCUCGGCGCUAAGCAAGCGCAUAUGUAUUUACAUGAAAACGUUUCAAAACGAACAAGGAAGGUUUUAUUGUUAUUUUUUAUAAAUAUAUUUUCAUAAGACCAGAGAAAGUAAGAGUCGCGUCCCCCUUAUGAUAAAGACAGAAAACCUAAAUAGACGAUAUCACACUAAUGUGUAUUUAUAUUGAAGUUUAAUCUCGAAUUACAUUCAAUCGAUAUUAAUACAAUUGGGCCUUUGUGUAUGUCUGAAUUUCUUACUGCCUAUAUAAAUACAAUUCCAUAUUAUACAAUUUAUUAAUAAAUGUACAAACGUGCCAUGUAAA